AUGAACAAGCCCAGAAUUGUUAGGCCAGAGGUGAGUCAGCCAGCAAUUGCACUGUGGUACGACAGAAAGAAAUACGUCACUAUCAACCUCUCAGUUCAAAAACCUAAAGACGUACAAGUAGACAUCCAGCCGGACAAAAUGAUUUUAUGCUGCAAAAACGACACAGACGACGUCUUCUACAAUGAACUGUACUUUUACGACAAAGUCCAAAUUCACGAUUCCAGAGAACGAGUUUACGACCGCACAAUCAACGUCUUACUGAGGAAGGGGACGCCUGACUGUGCGUGGCCUCGUCUUCAGAAGGACCCGGAAAAGCCCAGCUGGAUUUCUGUAGACUUUGAGAACUGGAGGGACUGGGAGCACGAUGAAGAAGAGGGAAAGGAAGAGUACGACAGAUACGUGGAUAUGAUCCAAGAAAUGGCCUCCAGUAACAAAGGAGAAGCACCAGACAUGGGCGAUCUCAGUGAUUCUGACUGAUCCAUCCUACACCUUGUCCUCUGUGUCCGAGGG